AUGGGAGACCAGCAAGAGGACAUUGCACGCCGGACUAGCAAUCCGGCCUCGAGUAGCGGCACUGUCGUCGGCAGCUCUGCUGGUGAUGCGGAGGCGAAGGCGACACAGAGGGUCAAGAAGUGGGCCCCCAAGGUGCGAACUGGGUGCCUGACCUGCCGGGCGCGCCACGUCAAAUGUGACGAGGGGAAGCCAGAGUGCUAUCGAUGUGUAUCGUCGCGGAGACCGUGCAAAGGCUAUCAAGAGCUCAGCGCCAGGCCGAGCAGACAUGGCACCCAAGGUGCGAGACGCCGAGCUCGUCGCGGUGCAGGACCGUCGAGGUCGCACGGUGACCAAGACGGACCCGGACCCGGACCCGAUGAUAGCACCGCGAACCCCGGCGAAGCCGAAGCUCCCUACAGCUUUGACCGCAGUCUUUCUGCGUCAUCGUCGAUGAACCAAGGGCGAGAACGAGAGUCGUCUUCCGAAACACACUCCACGGACCAGAAUCUGUCGGACCUUUUAGGCGGGCUCAAGGUCAACGAGCAAGGAGUCGCGCCGUAUUUGCAACGCAAAUCCGUGGGAGACGAGCCCUCGGUGGUCGACGAGGAGGAAGACAGCGCCAACGACGAUGAUGAAACCGAAUACUUGAAUCUUGUUCUGCCCAUGACAAAACUUCCCGGGCACAAACUUCAAAUCCCGCCUGAGCUCAUGCCCCAAGAUAGCACAGUACUGCGCUAUUUCAGACUCUACUUCGAGAAUGUUCACCCGUAUGUCCCAGUCCUGGACAAGGUGGCCUUCUACCGCCAGUGGAACACCCACCGGGCCUCUAUUUCUCCGAUGAUAUUGGAGGUCAUAUUUGCCAUUGGAAGUCGGCUAGAUGCAGAAUCUACAAGAGUUAGCAAUCAAUGGCUGGCUCUGGCCUCCAAGCAUGCAGAUGACUUCAUGGAUGUUCCAAGGCUGACAACCCUCCAAGCCCUACUGAUUCUUAUCAAAGCCCGUGAAAUCGCUCCCAAGCGUGGUUACUUUUACCGGUCGUGGAUGAUGAUCAGUCAGUGCGUGAGAAUGGGCAAAGACCUCGGCUUGGACGAGCAUUAUGAGAAUCAUCAGUCGGAGGACUCCGACAUGUGCAACUUGAGUCCUGCCGAAUGCCGACUUCACACGCGACUCUGGCAGGUCGUUUUUGUUGUUGAAGCAAUGAUUGGGAAUCCUCAAGGCCGGCACGAUUUAUGCGUCAAAGUUGAAUCCGUGAAUUUCAACGAACCGCCACCCAUCUCGGGGAGCCCCAGUGUCGGGGACGGCGACCAGAGCGAGUAUUUCGUGUCCAGAGCCUUCACCUACAUGGCUAGCCUUGUACGGAACGUCCGGAUAUUGAACGGGAUAUAUCUACGGCUCAGAAAGGGGAAGAACUGGGGCACUCAACCUGAGUAUCUGGCAUUUGAGCCGAGCAUGACUUCAUUUCUGUCAAGCCUUCCGGCUGAUCUGUUGGUCGAAUAUCCCGGAGACAAGACGUCUCUGCCCUGGCUACCGUCUGCGUUUCUGGGCAAUCUACAUUCGUACUACCACCUCUCUAUUUUGCUCUUCCACCGAGGGGUGUUGGGCUUUCUUGAUCCCGUGCUGAACAGAGCCCUUUGGAAGCGCCACAUAAUGAUCUGUUACAACUCAGCAAGGUAUCUCUGUCGACUCCAAGAGGCUGUCAGGAAGCAAUUCGGCAUGGUAGGGCUGCAAAGCAUGCAGCGCGGUUACAGCUUCACGGUGUACGCGGGACUUUCGUGUAUAGUCAUCCAUUUGGUGGCUAUUGUGUCACCGGACCCUGAUCUGAACACCGGCGCCCGCGAGAAUUUUGAGCGUUGCAUGAGGUUGAUGGAGGAAGUCAUGCAGGCCUGGUGGAUGCCAGAUCUGCAAAAGCAAAUUGAUGCCUUCAGGAGGGCCUUCUCCGCCGACCUCAGCAAGCCGUUUGUGCUCCGACCAGACUUUCCAAACAUUCGGCCGCGUCAAUCGCCCCCGAACCAGCCAGAGAAGCCGCCCCCAGAAAUCAAGCCCGAGCCGAACGACAGUGUGAGCCAUCCCUACACACAGGCAACAGCGCGUCAGCAAGCAGAACCGGCUUUGCUGGACACACCACAGCACGACCUUGCAACCAGCGUCGCCACGCAUCUAGAAGCUCCGAAUCUACAGAUACCAUCGUCACCAGCGACGCACUCCAACUGGAAUUCAGACCGCAUAUUUCAAAACUGGAACUCACUGUUCGGCCCACCACCACAACUAGAACCGUUUCUCGGCACCGCGGUAGCUUCGCAGACCCCCUUACCAGCCAUGGACAACUACACCUUCGCCAAUGUAUCCGCUGGCCCUGCGGAUGGCUUCUCUUUGCCGGACAUGCAAGCACUGGGAACCUCCCCACAGGUGCCCAACUAUGAAAAGUCUCCCCAAGUCGGCUUUCAGCCGGAGAUGGCGCCGCAGUACACGGCAAACGCGAUGCAGGGACUCUUCCCGCCCAGCAUGUGGCAGAGUUUGGCGGCAGCCAUGUACGAAGAAGGGCAGACGCGCCCCUUGUAG